AUGCUCUCGCUGUCAGCUUCAUUUCCCGGCGCAGAGCUUUGCUCGCUUGCGGAGCAAGUUUGUCACGGUCGCGUUUCUGGGUUAUACCUCCAGCACACCCGCCUGUCAUUCCCCAAGAAACUGACAGCCCGGCACGUGCAGCAGUUCCUGGACACCUUGCAGCGGUCCUCGCUGACGAAGCUUUUUUGGGAUCCUCCCCGACACUUGCGAGAAAGGGACAUACAACCUGUCCGGAAUAGCCUCAGCAGCUUGGUCGGCAGUCUGUGUUCAUUGCGCCUCGUUUGGAUAAGGAUCAGGAAAACUGGCGCACACCCAGACGUUGCAUCAGAAGAUCUUGCCACGGUGGCCUGGAGACGGGGAGCAGAGUUGUCGUUCAAGAGGCAUUUGUGUGCAGGCAUACCGGAUUGCAGUGACUGCUGUGCCUGA